AGAAGCCAGUCUGCCUGCAUGACAGAGGAGGCGAGAGCCCUUAGGAGAUGCCGAGGUCUACGGAGGAAAAGCUCCUGGGGGCAGCCAUAUUGUUGUGGCUCGUAUUUGAGGACAAUAUAUUGCAAAGUGCUACGCAAACUGUUGGUGCAAUAUAAAUCCUGUACAACAAUAAUAAUAAUGAUGCAUACAACUAAGUGAACACGUCACAUGUCUUAGACAUUCACUCUACUUUCAGACAACGACAACUUUUGGUGAGUAUUGGUAGAAGUCUUCAGGAUUGAGCGUUAUUUCACGAAUAACAGUAUGUUCCUUCAAAUCUGCUGGGCUACAACAAAAUGGCCGAGAAGAACCAAUCACAAAAGAGCUUUCCUUUUACCCAUGACGCUGACCAUCAGGGGGGAUGGGCGCUAUUGUUGCAGGAAGUGAAUGAGACAGAGUUGGGAGCAAUGGAGGCAAACUGCACCGACCUGACGGAGAGGAUAUUACGGCUCACCCUGGAGAUCAUCUACCUGCUGACCGGGGAGGAUAAUAUAGUUGUGGAGAAGACAUCGGGAGAUGGACAGAACCCCAUUACGGUUCCUCUACGUUACUUACUGGUUCCAGAAAGAAACAAUGAAAAGAAGAUUUUGGAAGUCUCCCAGAAGAUCAUUGACCUCCUGAUGAGAGAGAGUGGAAUCUGGAGCAAUUAUGUUGGUAUCAAAGAAGAGAUAACAGAAAAAAAGGAGGAGGAUGGUGUGAUGAAGGAGCGGAAGUGUUUAGGACACAAGGAUCUCUACAAGGACGUCAUGAUGGAGAAUCAGCCGCCCCUCACAUCACCGGAUGGAUCCAGUAAUGGGAACCCACCAGAGAGACGUCCUCAUUCCUUCCAGGAGGUCAUGGCGGAACCAUUUAAUGACACAAACCCCCCAGAGAGAUGUCCCCGUCCUCUGUAUUCCCGGGAUUACACACAAGAAGAUCACACCAUCUCAUAUACAGUUAGAGAAGAGAUAAAAGAGGAGGAGGAAGAGGUUGAUGCGAUGGAUGAGUUUUCAGAAGGACACAGAGACCCCUUCCAGGAGGUCAUGGCGGAACCAUUUAGCGACACAACCCCACCAGAGAGAUGUCCUCAUCCUCUGUAUUCCGGGGAUUCCACACAGGAAGAUCUCACCAUCUCAAAUGAGGUUAAAGAAGAGAUAAAAGCGGAGGAGGAUGAGUUUCAUGCGAUGGAUGAGUUUUCAGAAGGACACAGAGACCCCUUCCAGGAGGUCAUGGCGGAACCAUUUAAUGACACAACCCCACCAGAGAGAUGUCCCCAUUCUCUGUAUUCUGGGGAUUCCACACAUGAAGAUCACACCAUCUCAAAUACGGUUAGAGAAGAGAUAAAAGAGGAGGAGGAAGAGGUUGAUGCGAUGGAGGAGUUUUCAGAAGCACACAGAGACCCCUUACAGGAGGUCGUGGAGGAACAAUUUAAUGACACAACCCCACCAGAGAGAUGUCCCCAUUCUCUGUAUUCCGGGGAUUCCACACAGGAAGAUUUUACCAUCUCAAAUGAGGUUAAAGAAGAGAUAAAAGAGGAGGAGGAUGAGAUUGAAGUGACAAAGACGUUUCCAGAAGGACACAAAGACCCCUUUAAGGAGGUCAUGGUGGAGCAAUUAAGUGACGCCCAUCUCCAGUAUUCCAUACAGGAAGAUCACAACUAUACACAACCUGAUCAGGGUGAAGAACUGAAAGACAUCAAAGUGGAGAUUAAAGAGGAAGAAGAAGAGAGAUUGGUGAGUGGAGAUCAGCAGUGUAUGGUGGAGGAGGAGGAGAAGAUGAUGGAAAUUAAACAGGAGGAAUCUUCUCUACAUAUGGACACAAAUGGAUCCUGUAAUGGGAACCCGCCAGAGAGAUGUCCUCGUUCUCUGAAUUCCCGGGAUUCCACACAGGAGGAUCCCACCAUCCCUCACCAUCAUCAGGAAGAAGUGUUGGGUAUAAAACUUGAAGUCGAAGAGGUAGAUGAGACUUAUGUGAUCUGUGAACAGUUGCCAAUAGAAGAACAAGUGAUGGUGACAAUUACCAAAGCGGAAUCUUUACUAGAUGUCAGUUCAGGAGGAGGCAAUGUCUGGAAGACCCCAGCGGAACAUCCUUUUUUAUCUGCAGAUUGUAAGAAAGAGAAUACUGGCAUGGCACAAUAUCCUCCAGGUUUAAUCAUUUUUACUCCAAAUGUAUAUCACAAACCUAAGCCUAUAAAAAAAUCAAAAGUUCGAUUUAUUUGUAAGCCGCACAAUUAUAAACCGCGUACUAUUCUCCCAAAGGGCCAACCAAUCAUUUGCAGUGCAGAGCAACUUCCAGAUCUUUCCAAUCAUAAGGAAUCUUCUGAAGAGUCCAAAGAUAAACUGUGUACCGUUAUCCCUACUGUCCAAUCAAGCUUUCACAUUUUAGGGAAACUGACAGAUCCUUCUAAUCAUAAGGAACCUUUUGAGGUGUCCAAAGAUAAACCAUGUACUGUUAUCCCAACUGUGCAAGCAAGCUUUCACAUGGCAGGGCAACCACCAGAUCCUUCUAAUCACAAGGAGUCUUCUGAGGUGUCCAAAGAUAAACCACGUACCGUUAUCCCUACUGUCCAACCAAGCUUUCACAUUUUAGGGCAACUUCCAGAUCUUUCCAAUCAAAAGGAAUCUUCUGAACAGUCCAAAGAUAAACCAUGUACCGUUAUACCUACUGUCCAACCAAGCUUUCACAUUUUAGGGCAACCAACAGAUCCUUCUAAUCAUAAGGAACCUUCUGAGGAGUGCAAAGCUAAACCACUUACUGUUAUCCCAAAUGUGCAAGCAAGCUUUCACAAGGCAGGGAAACCACCAGAUCCUUCUAGAUAUAAGGAAUCUUUGGAGGAGUCCAAAGCUAAAGCACGUACUGUUAUCCCUACUGUCCAACCAAGCUUUCACAUUUUAGGGCAACUUCCAGAUCUUUCCAAUCAUAAGGAAUCUUCUGAGGUGUCCAAAGAUAAACAACAUACUGUUAUCCCAACUGUCCAACCAAGCUUUCACAUUUUAGGGCAACCAACAGAUCCUUCUAAUUGCCAGGAAUCUUCUGAGGUGUCCAAAGAUAAACUAUGUACCGUUACCCCUACUGUCCAACCAAGCUUUCACAUUUUAGGGCAACCAACAGAUCCUUCUAAUUGCCAGGAAUCUUCUGAGGUGUCCAAAGAUAAACCACGUACCGUUAACCCUACUGUCCAACCAAGCUUUCACAUUUUAGGACAACCAACAGAUCCUUCUAAUUGUAAGGAAUCUUCUGAGGUGUCCAAAGAUAAACCACGUACUGUCCAACCAAGCUUUCACAUUUUAGGGCAACCAACAGAUCCUUCUAAUUGCCAGGAAUCUACUGAGGUGUCCAAAGAUCAACCACGUACUGUUAUCCCUACUGUCCAACCAAGCUUUCACAUUUUAGGACAACCAACAGAUCCUUCUAAUCACAAGGAGUCUUCUGAGGUCUCCAAAGAUCAACCACAUACUGUUACCCCAACUGUCCAACCAAGCUUUCACAGGCAACCUAAAGAUCCUUCUAAUCAUAAGGAACCUUCUGAGGAGUCCAAAGAUAAAUCACAUACUGUUAUCCCUGGUGUCCAACCAAGCUUUCACAUGGCGGGACAACCACUAGAUCCUUCUAAUUAUAAGGAAUCUUCGGAUGAGUCCAAAAAUAAACCACAUACUGUUAUGCCAGAUGUUCAAACAAGUUUUCACAUUGCAGAGAAAACAACAGAGCCUUCUAAUCCAGAGGAAUCGUCUCCCAGUAAUUUCCAUUCUUUAAAGGAUCGUGAAAAAUCAAGCUUAAAAAAUCCCGACCCGUAUGUAAAUCAGAAAACUCACGCCAGUAAAAAAUGGUUUUCUUGUUCCGAGUGUGAGAAGUCCUUCAAAAGGAAAACGGAUCUCGUUAGACACCACAGAGUCCACACCGGGGAGAAGCCACAUUCUUGUCCUGAGUGCGGAAAGGGCUUCGGCAGUAAAGUAAGCCGUGAUGGCCACGUAAGAACUCACACCGGCGAGAAGCCGUUUUGCUGCUCAGAAUGCGGGAAAUGUUUUGCACAGAAAAUUACUCUAGACAACCACUGUUUUCAACAGCAUGUGGAUCUUCAUGAACUCAAGGCUUCACAGUCAUGUUCCGAGUGCGGCAAGUCCUUUGAAGAGAGAUCUGAAUUCCACGUUCAUCAGAGUGGUCACACCAGUAAGGAGAUCUGCUAUUGCCCCGGCUCCGAAAAACUAGCCAAAAGAAAAUGUGAUCCGGUUGAACACCAAAUAACUGACACCGAAAAGCCACCUUUUUCAUGUUGCAAGGACAGUUGGAAAAACGUUCGACACCAGAGAUCUCACAAAGGGGAAAAAAAGUCCUUCUCGUGUUCUGAGUGCGGAAAGACUUUUAAAGAUAGAUGGAACCUAAAAACACACCAGAUAGUCCACACCGGCGAGAGGCCCUUUACCUGUUCCGAGUGUGGAAAGGGCUACUCCAGUAAAGGAACCCUUAAUAAACACAUGAGAAUUCACACCGGUGAAAGGCCGUUUUCCUGUUUGGAAUGCGGCAAACGCUUUACGUAUAAACAUACGCUAAUCAUCCAUCAAAGCAUUCAUACCAGACGAAAGAUCUACCCAAAAACAUUCACAUAAAGAUGCCAGUUCUCUGGCAUAGAAUACACAACACCCGAGACCACUGAACAACGUAUGGUGUUAUUUCAUAGGCUGAAUCCUUCUAUCUGGGCAAAAAUAAGACUAUAAAGAUGAGACCGUCCAAAAGGAUCAUCCACCCCGAAUGGAAUAUUUUAGUUCUUGUUGUUGUUUAAUCUCUUGUUUUCUAUUUUACUACUUAAAAGUGCAAAAUUCCUUUAAGCUUUUCUAUGCGUAUAUGCGGCCUCUCGGCGAGUGGGCUUUAACCCCCAGAGGCCUCAUAUACAGUAUCCGGCCCUGUGCAAACAUCUUUUCCAGCACAGUUACCGGCGAGUACCAGAAAGCUCCUAAUGCAUACCUGCGAUCGGGAUCUUUCCGAUCAAGUGACAGCCAAUCACAGUGGUCACGUGAUCGGAAUGCUAGCAUCUCGGGAAUUUAGAACCUUAAAAGGGGUUAAAUAACAUGUGGAGGGGAAACCCUUAAAAUGACCGUAUCCGCCACUUUUCUUCUCUUUGUAAACAAAUGGCCAGGGAUUCCCUUCAUCUAUACUAGAUCCUAGGUAGGGGUCUGGUAUAGAUGUUAACUGGGGGGACACCAGACAAAAAAACAUGUGUGGUGCCCCCACCCUAAUCCCAUACCAGACUCUUGAGGUCUGGUAUGGAUUUUGAGACUAAACCCUACACAUAAAA